AAUCAUGGAUGCUAUAAAUACGAUCAUCAUGUCCAGCCCCUGCCCUCUUCUUGCGAAAACCCUAGGAGAUCUUUAUUUCCAAUAGCCUCGUCGGCGGCGGAUCUCGGCAUCCGAAUCCAGCGCUCAAGAUGAAGGUCGUUGCUGCCUAUUUACUAGCUGUUCUUGGUGGAAACACUUGCCCAUCAGCUGAUGAUCUGAAGGAUAUCCUAGGAUCAGUGGGAGCUGAAGCUGAUGAUGACAGAAUUGAGCUCCUCUUAUCUGAAGUCAAGGGUAAAGACAUAACUGAACUUAUCGCUUCUGGGAGAGAGAAGUUUGCUUCAGUGCCCUCUGGUGGUGGCGCCAUUGCAGUUGCAGCCCCUUCUGCGGGUGGUGCUGCAGCAGCCCCAGCAGAUGAGCCAAAGAAAGAAGAGAAAGUGGAAGAGAAGGAAGAAUCAGAUGAGGACAUGGGCUUUAGUUUGUUUGAUUGAGUGGUACGGCUGUCACUUUGUAUAGCCUUCUUGGAAUUCUAAUUUGAGGUUGAUCUGCGAGAUGCUAAAAUUUGUAUUUGAGACUAAACUUUAGUACCUUGGUUCACAGAACAGCAAGGCAUCAUGCUUCUAUAUUUGGUACUUUACCAAGUCGCAAAGCAGGUCAUGUUCAGCAUGACCUGGCAUGAAUAUUCUUUUUGGGUGCAUUAGUUAAUGAAGUAGGUAUGAAGAUCUGAUUUUUGUUC